UUUGAAAUUUAUCUAGUCUGUGGCAGCCAUUUUGACGUGUCUGUGUUCGCAACAGAAAAUUCAGAUUAAUUUUGGUCUUUGUAUUAUUUCCAAGUGGUAUCUGUGCUCUCAAUAUUUUGUUAUCAUGGAUUUCGCUUUGAACAAUGAUAUUUAUAUUGAGAAUUUGGAUUCCCCUGAAGAGCGCGAGGAUUUGUUUGCGUGUCGGGUGUGCCUCGCAACGGAUAUCAAAUUGUUCGAUAUUCACGAAUGUGAUUUAGCUGAGAACUUCGAGGCUGUUAUGGGGGUUUCUGCUCCACAGCAUGACGGUCUCCCGCAGCACCUCUGCCACUACUGCUUCACGCUGCUGCAGAAGUACCUCGGCUUCCGCGACAAGUACAACCGCUCGCAGACCAUCUUGCAGACUGCUGUACUGCUGAGUCAGCCCAUAACCACAGAAUACCUGCGCAUGAUCGACCGCGACUCGGAGAACCUCUCCGUCCCGCUUGCAGUGCACUCGGUGGACUUCAUCGACUACGAGAUCAUCGAGGACGAGGAGUUCCAACCGGAGGCGGAGGGCGAGGACCAGGAUGUCGAGAGAAAGUACUCGGACACUGUCGGGUUUGAGGAGUUCCAGGAAGAACAAGAGGCUGAGGACACCACCCUGGACGAGUCGGCGCUCGACCAGGAGUACGUCGUCACCGUGCACGAUGAUGCGGAGCUGGGGGACGUCAUUGAAGUGGCCAACAUAAAGCUCGAAAACCCAACCACCGACGACGACACCGUGGCACGCCCCCAGCGCUCCUCUAUGCACCCCAACAUAGAGGUGAUCACGUUGACCACCGAGGAACAGAUUGAGGAGAUGGAACAGAAGAAGUACAGCCCGAGAUACAUGUCCGGGCUGCACAAGUGCGAUAAGUGUUAUAGAGGAUUCGUGAACGCCGCUACGUAUAGGAGUCAUAUGAUUCAGCAUGAUCCGGCGAACGGCGCAUACGAGUGUGGUGUAUGCGAGAGCAGAUUCAGCAACCUGGCGCGGCUCAAGGUGCACGUGGCCAGCGUUCACGAGAAGCGCUACGUGUGCAAACUGUGCCAGCAUCGCUCCAGUAACAGCCACCGCGCGCUCGCUCACCAGAAAUACCACGAGGGUCUCACCUACGACUGCAAAUACUGCGGGGAGUCUUUCGCCAAGUCCACCGCCUGCAUGCUGCACAUCCGGCGCAAGCACGCCGUGUCCUACAUGUGCGAGUCGUGCGGCGCCGCCUUCCACUCCACGCACGCGCUCCACGCGCACCCGCCCUGCAACCCCCCCCGCCAACAGAAACCCAAGAACGAGACAUGGCUGUACUGCGACGCGUGUCAAGUCGAGUUCCGCGGAGUAGACGCCUUCAACAAGCACAUGGAGACUUCUUCACGGCACUGUGAAGACAACGUGGGACACGAUCAUGUCAGACUAAAAGAAGUACCCAUAGAGGCGUAA